AUGGGAGUAUCAAAACGCCGGCAGCAGCACGCGGCGCUCGUUGCGCAGCUUGUGGCUGUCAAGGAAAAGCAGCAGCUACUCCAUGAGGAAUCUCUCGCAUUUGCGAUGGACCCUAUAGCCCCCGAGAAGGCAGCCGCCCAGCGCUCCCUGCGUUCGUUGUGUCACUUGACCCCUGAAGUAACGGUACUAUGUGCACAGACUGGCGCGGUCGUCGAACGUGUUGCGAACGCGAAUGACGUUGCAGAGAAGAUGACGCGCGAUGUGCGACGUCUGGACGUGAUCCAGUCGCGCUUGAGCGUGGUAUUGGAGCAGUCGGCGCAGCUCCUGACGCUGCGCAACGCGUUAGCAGGCGUUCGACGUGCCAUGCAGCAGCAGAGGUACCCGGAAGCUGCUACUUUCUUACAGACACUUAAGAGCAUCGAGCAGCAAACGGUGCUGGACGUGGCUGAUAAAUUACGUGUUGACACUAUGGAGAGCGAUCUCAAAGGAGUUAUUGAAAACGCAUUUGACGAUGGGCUGCGGACUGGAGACAACCGCAAGGUGCAGACAUACGCGCCGCUGUUUAAAGUGGUGGGGAAAGACUACGAAGAACGUGGACUGGUGAUGCUGUUGGAGCACGUGCAAAAGUCACUGGACGAGUCCAUGAAGCGAGAUGGCGAUGUCUGUGUGGAUGGCUUUAGUACACAGGAAGUACUUACUCGCCUUGCCGAGGUGUUCAAUCGAGUGGCACAGGAAGUACAGCUGCAUGCGACGUUGCUGUCCCAGUGUUUUGAUCGAGUGCACGGUCCGAAUCGCUUUGUAGUGAAGCUGUACACUUUGAGCGAGCAAUCGGCUGUUGCGCUGUUAAACACAUUCAUGGCGCAGCGCAAAUUCCACGAACGCAUCACGAAUGGAGGGCAGCUAGGAUCACUGACUUCGGCUGUUCCUGACAGUCACGGAGUCCAAGCUGGACUAGGCGACAUUAAGGAUGAUGGUGUAGCCGUGAUGAACGAACAGCUGAAUGAAAUGGCACUAGUGAUCCAGCACACGCAAACUUAUGAGCGUUUUAUGCGCUCGCAGGUGGUUCUCGAAGUCAAAGGAGGGAAAACUCAUGGUGAAGCGGAUGUUGGACAGGAUGAGCUAAUGAGUGCAGCUGAUGCCGAAAACGUCCCCGUAUUGCCUUCAGUCCAAGAAAGUGAGCUAGGGAAAACAGUCCAGGAGCUAGCAGGAUUCUAUUGUUUCUUUGAGAACGCGCUACUGAACGAAGCUGCUCAGAAAGCUUUUCAAUGGGAAGAGCUUCGUUUCUCAUCCGGAGACGAUGGAUCUCGUGGUGCUGAAAGCGAUGAUGCACUAUCCUGCUUCCCGAUUUCAUCAUCCAUUGACGAAAUCUUUUACGUAGCACGUAACUCUGGGUUGCGCGCCUUGGCGACAGGCCACGUCGACAGCGCGGCUGGAGUUCUCAACAUGAUCAAUACGGUACUACGUGACGUUGUGGGAGAUACGAUGCGUAGCCGCAUCCGGCACAUGACGACGAACGCAAAGAUGGACGUAACCGAUGGAGACGCGGCUAGUUUGUUAGCUUCUUCUUCGGCGCAGUUGCGCGGUCAGAUGCAGCAGCAAUUUGCCAAACUUAGCAAGACCGUUGGGCCCGUCGGCGGUGCCCAUAAUGGCGGUGAGAUGACUGGUGAAACAUCAGAGCAGCGUAAGGAACACGCACCCCAUGUCGUACUCAACAGUUUGGAGGUAACUUCCGGAUACAUCGCACAAUUGAAGAGCGAGUUCCAACACGAGCUGCCUGAAGCCUUCCCCGAAGUACCGCAACACGUUAUGACUUGCCUGAAUGCACUCGAAGAUGCGUCAGCCGAACUUCGACAGCUACUCGUAGCGUCACGAAAGAAGCUUAUGAAGCUUCUGGAACCCAAGAUCGCUGCAUUCCUCAGCGGUUUGCUAUCGCCAUCUUUGUCGGCAUCUUCCGCAGCCUCGGCUUUGGCGGUAUCUGCUACAACUCUGUCUUCGGUACAAAGACGCCACGGCGUACAGUACGAGCUAACAGAAGCAAUGUUUACAGUCAACGAGGCAAAUGAUCCGUUUGCACAUAUGCUUGUGCGCGGGCUGCACUCGCUCCUUGCCAGCUUUCAAGGAAAUUUGUCGCGGAGCAAUUACCGUGCUCUUGUGCAGAUGAUGGCCCAAUACACUGCGACCCAGCUCGAAUCUUGGUUCGUCAGUCGAGUGACUCGCGUAAACCAGCUCGGUGCGUUGCAGUUUGAUAAAGAUGUGCGUGUCAUCAGUACGUUUUUUAGCGGUGAAGGUGGCGCCAGCGACGACGUACGUGAGGUGUUCGCCGCUUUGACUCAGUUCUCUGAGGUGCUGAACGUGGACAGUCCCCAGGACGUGCUGGAUGUGUAUGGGCGGCGAUGCCGCGGCGUGGCUUGGAAGCUACCGGCUGAUCAGGUGAAGGAGAUGCUAUCGCGUCGCGUGGAGUUUGCCGAUGCAGAUGUCAAUCGGCUGGUCCUGAUAUAA